CGGCGGAAGCGGGAGUGACGGCAGCGAGGGCGACGACAAGAUGGCGGCACCCGGCUUGGUGCGCGGGGCGUUCAGGCGGCUGUUCGCCGGGCUCUGGGGGAGCGGCUGGGUUUCACCACCGGCCAGAACCCUCCGGGAGGUCGUGGAAGUGACUGAAGGCAACACGACCAUAAUUGAAGGGAAAAUUAUAGAGGAUGUUGAAACACCAACGCCUCCUAACCCCUCUGGCCAGUGUCCUAUCUGUCGCUGGAACCUGAAGCAUAAGUACGAUUAUGUGGAUGUCUUGCUCUUGAGCCAGUUCAUCCGUUCUGAUGGAGGGAUGCUGCCACGAAGGAUCACAGGCCUCUGUUUGGAGGAGCACAAGAAGAUUGCCGCCUGUGUGCAGAUGGCACACCGUGCAGGUUUGCUGCCAAACCACAGGCCUCUACUUCCUGAAGGGCAUGUUCCCAGGAAAACCAAGUUGAACAGGUUCUGACUUCCUGCAGCAGCAAACUGUAAUAGUAUUAUAAAGAGAAUGCUAAAGCAAAUUCGAGCAUGUGAAAAUGCAAAAACUGGGCCAGAAUCACAUCGUGUGGAAAAGAAAUACCCAUUGAUCCACUGAAAGCAAACUAGUUCUUUUUUGGAGACUAUUUUAACUGAACUUGGCCUUUGUAAUCAGUUUAUUUUGUUGAGGCGAGCUCUUGAAAUGACAUCUCCCCUACAAAAUGGAUGGACUCGCUCUUGAACUUAGUUGCAAUGAAGGGAUUCAGCGCUCCACGUUCGCUACAGGUGGACAACGUGCCGGUAGCCUGGAGAUUACACCUGAUUUGUUUCACACGACUGGAAGUCAGGCAGGUGCCAGUGGCUACAGUGCAGCAGAGGUGCAGCAGUUCCAAAACAAAUAGUCCUUUUCAGUGGUUCCCUUCUGAACUGAGAGAGUUCUGCUCAUCAUUAUUGCUUUCAUAAAGAGGCAGGCGGAGAGGCAAAGGCAAGCAAACGAGUGUCAGCUUCUGCUUUGACUAAAGCUGUUUUGCCGUGGUUGGUCUCAAUUUGAAAUACGUGU